AUGAAUAAUUCGCAAGAUUCAAAUAAAAAUAAAUUUAUUCCUGGUACAGAACUACUUACACUUAGAGAAUUAGUUAGGAAAAAUCAAAAUCAAAGAAGCAUUCCAAUACAAAAUAAGACUGUAAGUAAAGCAGAAACUCAACUAAUGAAAUGGAAUCCAUCUGUAUCUGUCCAUAAUGAUGUAGUUUUAGCACUCGAAGGUCAUCAUCCAUAUCAAAAUUUAGAGAAAGAAUCAGAAAUUGAUGUAGAAGACAUAAGUAAAAAUUUUAUCAUACAACAAUGGUACAACGAAAACUACGGUUUUUUUUUUGAAGAUCUACCAAAAGAAGAACCUAAUAAUAAUAAUAAUAAUAAUAAUAAUAAUAAUAAUAAUAAUAAUAAUAAUAAUAAUAAUAAUAAUAAUAAUAAUAAUAAUAAUAAUACUAUUACUGGUGACAACGGAUCUUCAUUUCUACUUACACCUAUAGAACCACUAGCAAAUACCACACCCUUCGGCACAUUAAGUUCUUCCAGAUAUGAUACUGACAUCGAACAAAAUCAAGUAAACAAUUUAAAAAGCAAUGAUAAUAUUACUACAAUAGGAAAUAAAUACAAAAGACAAGGGUUUGAGACCAUCAAUUUGAAUACAUUUUCAAUAUCCAAAUCAAAUUCAUUAUAUCAUCUAUAUUAUCAACAACCAGUACCCUUAAAUUAUAUUGGUACAAUUUAUGAUUCUCAGAAUGGGCCAAAUAACACUAGAAGACAAUUCUUUGAUCAACAACCAGGUGACAUACAUUGUCAAGAACACAAUGGCAUAUUUCACUCCUGUUUGGUCUGGAGUGGCUGUCAACAAGAAUAG